GGGGAUUAUCCGUGUCGGGGUAGGUUGAUGACGGUCCGCAGCGCUGAGCUGAGCGGGGCUGUGGAGAAAGCAGUGCAUUUAAAACCGCCCAGGGAAGACACCGCAUUUACGAGGCUAGUUUUGUUUUUUUUGCUGCCUCCCUCCCUCCCUCCUCGUCCCCGGUUGACUGUCCGGUCCACAAUGACUUGGUCGAGAGGAAUGCAGCACCGGUUUACCUGAGCAACUGGACACUUGUUUUCUUUUAACCAACCACCAAACACUUACCCUCCUGUGACUUUUUAUUUCAUUUAAUUGGAUGCCGUGUCGGACUGCUGCAGUUGCUGCCACUCUGAGAGAAAUUGGAGGACUCUUGCUUGUGUCAACUUGAGUGUUUAGCUUAAAUAAAGAAAAAGCAAGGUUAUGUAGGUAGGCAUUUCUCUCGGAUACAUCUCCACCCCGUUGUUUACAUGUUUUAAUUGGAUUUUCCAUCAUUUCCAGCAGCAGCAGCAGCAGCGGUAGUAGCUCAGGCUUUCCUCCCUCCUCCUCCUCUUGUUCCUCCUUCUCCUUUUCGGAGCAUUUUGCCGGGUCGUCCAGGUUGUGUCGAGGCCGGUGGUGGUGGUGAUAAAAAAGAUGGGACUACCUGCUCUGGAGUUCAGUGACUGCUACCUGGACAGCCCACAGUUCAGGGAGAGACUCAAGUCCCACGAACUGGAGCUGGACAAGACCAACAAGUUCAUCAAGGAGCUGAUUAAAGACGGCAAGGCGCUGAUCCAGGCUUUGAAAUGUCUGUCAACAGCCAAGAGGAAGUUUGCUGACUCUCUCAACGAGUUUAAAUUUCAGUGUAUUGGAGACGCAGAGACGGAUGAUGAGAUAUGCAUAGCCAAGUCUCUUCAGGAGUUUGCUGCGGUCCUACAGAACCUGGAGGAUGAGAGGACACGUAUGAUCGAGAAUGCCAACGAUGUGCUGAUUAUGCCUCUGGAGCGGUUCAGGAAAGAACAGAUCAGUGCAGCCAAGGAAGCCAAGAAAAAAUAUGACAAAGAGACAGAGAAAUAUUGUGCAGUGCUGGAGAAGCACCUUAGCCUUUCAGCGAGGAAGAAAGAGUCACAUCUACAUGAGGCGGACAACCAGGUAGAUAACGUACGGCAGCAUUUCUACGAGGUUUCUCUGGAGUACGUCUUCAAGGUGCAGGAGGUCCAAGAGAGGAAGAUGUUUGACUUUGUGGAGCCUUUGUUGGCAUUUCUCCAAGGCCUGUUCACCUACUAUCACCACGGCUAUGAGCUGGCAAAGGACUUCAACCACUUCAAGACUGAUCUCACCAUCAGCAUACAGAAUACGAGGAACCGUUUUGAGAGCACGCGGUCGGAGGUGGAGAGUCUGAUGAGGAAGAUGAAGGAGAAUCCACAUGAACACAAGAGUGUCAGCCAGCACACCAUGGAGGGAUACCUGUUUGUGCAGGAGAAGCGCUCAUUUGUAUCUACCUGGGUGAAGUACUACUGUACGUAUCAUCGUGAGCCGAAGAGGGUCACCAUGGUCCUGUUUGACCCUAAAUCAGGAGGGAAAAUGGGAGAUGAGGAUAGCUUCAUUCUCAAGUCGUGCACCAGGAGGAAGACAGACUCGAUAGAAAAGAGGUUUUGUUUUGAUGUGGAGGCCGUGGAGAGGUCGGGAGUGAUCACCAUGCAGGCUCUGUCAGAAGAAGACCGCAGGUUGUGGAUGGAGGCCAUGGAUGGGAGAGAACCGGUAUACAAUCUGAACAAAGACAACCAGGCUGAAGGCCUGGCCCAGCUGGAUGUGAUUGGGUUCAACGUGAUGAAAAAAUUUAUCUAUGCACUGGAGACUCGAGGUAUCAAUGAGCAGGGCUUGUACAGAAUCGUUGGCGUCAGCUCCAGAGUACAAAAGCUACUGAGCCUCGCUAUGGAUCCUAAGACGUGUGCUGACGUGGAGCUAGAAAACCCAGAGUGGGAGAUUAAGACUAUCACGAGUGCUAUCAAGCACUAUCUCAGAAUGCUGCCUGCACCUCUCAUGACAUACCAGUACCAGAGGAGCUUCAUCAAAGCUGCCAAGCUGGACAACCCAGAGGCCAGGGUGACAGAGAUCCAUGCUCUGGUGCACCGGCUGCCUGAGAAGAACAGACAGAUGCUUGAGCUGCUGAUGAAACACCUGGCCAAUGUGGCCAAUCACCACCAGCAGAACCUGAUGACCAUCGCCAAUCUGGGUGUGGUCUUCGGGCCAACUCUGCUCCGCCCACAGGAGGAGACGGUGGCAGCCAUCAUGGACAUCAAGUUCCAGAACAUUGUUGUAGAGAUCCUCAUAGAGCACCAUGAGAGGAUAUUCAGGGACGUGCCGAGUUCUACAGGCAGUUCAACCAACAUGCAGCUCAACCUGACCAGGAGGAGAAGCACCGAGAGCAAAGCCCCGUCCUGCAGCGAGAGGCCUCUCACACUCUUCCACACACCAACACAUUCCCAGAAAGGUGAAAAAAGGAACAGUGUUGUCAAUGCCACAGUUGCAGAGCUGCAGCCGCCGGUUUCCUCUUCUGCCAACUGUAACAGCAGCAGCAGUAGCAACAGCAGCAGCCAAGGUCGAACCCCGAGACACAGCCUGACCAGCAACGACGGAGAGCCGGACACCCGGCAGAUCCGGCCCAGCUCACUGCUGAACCCAAAGAGUCGCGGCAGCAUACCAACUAGCGCGAUGUCUCCCAGCCCCACCUCACCACGUUCUCCCUCCUGGCCGAUGUUCUCGGCUCCAUCAAGUCCACAGCCGACGUCCUCUGCCUCCAGUGACUCCUCCCCUGUCAGUAUUGCGGGCAGGAAGGCUCGAGCACUGUAUGCCUGCAAGGCAGAGCAUGACUCCGAGCUGUCCUUCAUCGCUGGGACCAUCUUUGAGAAUGUUCAUACCUCCAGAGAGCCUGGUUGGCUGGAAGGGACUCUGGACGGCCGAACAGGACUGAUACCAGAAAACUAUGUGGAGUUUUUAUAGUCCAGGGCCAAGAAAAAGACUCUGAACUGGACGAUACUGGACAGGAGUUGACCAAACUGGACUGUAGAUGACUAGAUUUGACUGCACAAGACUGAACUGACUCUAUUCGAUCGUAUACUAUACUGAACUGGACCAUUGUUGAUAAGGCCGCUCUUGUCUUGACUAGACUGGGAAUUGAAACUGGACCAAGCAGAAACAUAUCAAAUGGAUAUAACGCAGGAACGAAGCAGACUGUGGAGAGACCCAUGAAUUGCACUGGAGAAAAAAAAAAAAAAAGACGAGUCCCACUGUGGUUUCCGGCUGUUAUUGGAUUAAUGUGGAUGACUUCCCAAGUCUUGGUGAAGAUGAUGUGGUAAUGAAUCUGGAAUGUGUGUGUGUGUGUGUGUGUGAAAGAGAGAAAAGUGGAUUGGGAGGGAAGUGAUUUAAGAGAAAAUCACUUGUAUAAAUGAGUUGAAAUUUAUGACAUGUGAGGCUUGUGAUUUUUUAGCCCUUUAUGAAUUUGAACUGCGCUGCCACUGCUUCAGCGUCUCCUCUUUUUAUCAUCUUCCUGCUGAGAUGAUGGAGAUGAUGAUAGGGAACAUAAUACAAAGCAAGUGGCCUUUAACUUUGGGCUUGCUAGUUCACCUCCUCACUGUGCGCGGUUUGAUUGCUAAUCCCAUUGGGGGACUGCAGUUUUUAAAGCAGAUUUAAAUGAUUGGGUUUUGUUGUACGGCUGUAAAUGUAUUUGUGAGCACUCGCUGUGGCGGUCCGGUAAUUCCCCAGGACAAGACUUAACCUAGCUAAUGUUUCAGAGCUCCAGUUCAGCAGCAGGAGCCCCAGGGCAGAUCAGCACAGGAUGAGGUCGUUUUGAAAACAGUUGGCUGAAAGGUCAGCUUUGGGUUUAUCCUUAUUUAUAAUGCCUCUCCCUGCAGAGCCCUCACAAAAAAUGUGAAAAAUUUCAAACAAGCUCCACAAGCAGAUCAGCGGUUUACAAUGCUGCGUAGGAGUGACGACUGAUUCCGGCUGGUUAAAACAAGCCCAGCUGUGAGUCCUCACUCUGCUUCCCCAGCUUAGAUAUUUUUUGAUUGUUGGAAAUAAUUGGAUCCAGUAUCGUAUAUAUGUGUUGAGUCAUGUUUGCUUUAUUUCAUUCAAUUCAGGGAAUUCUCAUCAACCAGGAUGUUGUAUUUUUCACAUCACAGAGCACUGAUGUUCUAAACCAUCAAUGUUUUUUUUUUUCAACCUUACUUCAGAAAUACAUAUGAUUGAUCAUAAGUAUUUAUUUUAAACCUGGAUCUUUUUCUCCUAGUUUUAACCAUCAUGCGGAUUCAAUCAGUCAGUUACUGCAGAUGCUUUAAUCUUCGACAGCAUGGAGUGAGCAAACAAUUGAAGUCGUUUCAAAGUCAAAAUAUGACACAGUCGUCCGUUGUGUACGUCAUGACCUAAUAAUGUAAUUAUCUAAAUAGGACGGACAUUUACAUUUGGCUCUGGAUCCAAAUGUAAAGAAAAGAGAAAUCAUUAAUUUUUCAGAAUGGUUCAGAUAUGUAUAUGAAAGCUGGUCUGCUUUGGGGCUCAUUUCAUGAGUCAAAGAUGAACUCUUUCUUUUAACCACUUGGUGAACGUCUGUUCUGAACGUCUGUUCACCAAGUGGGGGGAAAAAAAGUUUUUUUGUUGAACUUAAUUUUUUCUUUUAGGACAGAACAUUGAAAGAACAUUUUAGCAUUUUAACAGGAAAAUCAAAUGGGAGAGUAAAAAAAACAACAAACAAAUGUGAAAUGAGACUACUUUGUUCAUAUCUGAACCUCUUAUUUAUGAGAUUUUCUUAAAGGCGCAAUUCUGAACUGUAUUCAUUUUGAGGUGUUUUAUCAACAUUGUAAAUAAAUACACAGCAUUUGAUAAGGUAUAAUUUUUUUAAGUAUGAAAUUUUAUAUUUUGUAUUUUUAGCAUACUAACUUAAUUCCUUAAUUCCAUCUUUGUUGCCCAGAUUUUUGUAUCAUUUAAGUCUAUCUACAGCCUUAAAUAUUCUUUCAGAUGUUUCCGUGAAUUGACAAGAUUGUGCAGAAUUAAAGAUAAAUGUUCAACAGCUGCA